AUGGCUGACGUCCAGGAGCGCCUCAAGAAGCUUGGCCAGGCUGGCCGUAUCGGUGAUGGCAAGGGUACCCCCCGAAGAAAGGUCAAGCGUGCGCCCGCCCGAUCCGGCGCCGAUGACAAGAAGCUCCAGCAGACUUUGAAGAAGCUCAACACCCAGCCCAUCCAGGCCAUCGAGGAGGUCAACAUGUUCAAGUCUGACGGCAAUGUUAUCCACUUCUCUGCUCCCAAGGUCCACGCCGCUGUGCCCUCCAACACCUUUGCCAUCUACGGCAACGGUGAGGACAAGGAGCUCACUGAGCUUGUCCCCGGUAUCCUGAACCAGCUGGGCCCCGACUCCCUUGCUUCUCUCCGCAAGCUCGCCGAGAGCUACCAGAGCAUGCAGAAGGCCGAGAAGGGUGAGGACGACGACGAGAUCCCCGACCUCGUUGAGGGCGAGAACUUCGAGAGCAAGGUCGAGUAA